AUCGGUCCUGUGGCAGCCAAUCACAGCCCGGAGCCGGCGGGGCAGCAUCCCCGCAGGGGGACUAUAAGAAGGGGCAGGGUCCCACAGGAGGCCACCAUCCGGUCCACAUUCUCCUGCAGAACAGGUCUGAUCCAGUCAGCAACCAUGAAAUUCUCCCUCAUCGCCGCUGUGGUCGUGCUCGCUCUGGCACAAGGUACCUUUGCCGAAGAAGCAACCGUGCAGGACAAGCUCACUCAGUACUUUGAGGAGAUCAGGGCCAAAAUGACUGAGGAGCUCAGCACUCUGAUCAGCAACCACGACCUGGCCAACCAGGCUAGCACCUUCCUGCAGGAUAAGAAAACCCAGCUGGAGCCUCUGGCCUCUCAGUUCCACGGUCAGGUCCAGGCUGCUGCCAGCUCAGUUCAGGAGCAGAUCAAGCCCCUGGCUGAGAACGUGCAGUCCCAGCUCCAGCCCGUGAUCGACAACUUCCAGAAGACCAUGGAGGAUGUGCUGAGACAGCUGACGGAGCAGGCCCGCACCAUCGCCAACUGAACACCAGCUGAAAUGGACUGAGCGAAAGAAGCUGCUGAGGAGACGACCUUCCUUCAAAAGGAGCCUCAGAUGUGCUUCCAGUGCUUUAAUGUCAACAUUCACCAUCUUUGUAACAAAGCACAAUAAA